GAGGGAUGAAGCCAGCACAGAUCAGAUUGUCUCUACACAGACCUCCACAGCACACACAUCCAACCAUGGCACCGACAAUCACUGCAGCAAUGACCAACUCUGAGGAGCAUCUGACUCUGACACACAAGCUGAGAAAGCCUCUGGUUGAGAAGCUCCGCAGAGAGCGAAUCAACAGCAGCAUCGAGCAGCUCAAGUCUCUCCUGGGUCCAGAGUUCCUCCAACAGCAGCCAGACUCCAAGAUGGAGAAAGCAGACAUCCUGGAGAUGACAGUGUGUUUUCUGAGACGACUGCAGCAGCAGCAUCACGUUGUGGACUCAGCAGCUGUUGAUCAGGGCUACUCUAGAUGUGCCCAGAAGGUGGUGAACUUCCUGUCCAAGGAGGAGGUGCAGACCCAGUCCCAGAGAAGACUGAAGAACCACUUCAACAAGCUGCAGUCUUCAUCUGAUAAGAAAGAGGAGGACUUCUGUCUCCAGUCCACAGUCCAGACCAGCAUCACCAAAGACAAGAGUCCAGUCAGCAGCGCCCCCUGGAGGCCGUGGUAGACACCAACAGACUGGACUACCACACAGACUUACUGUCAGACCAUAAUGAUCACACUGGUCAUUGUCUCGACUGGACAUUAGAUGACCUGAAUUUUCAAAGAUUAAUCAAAUGCUUUGAAAUUGAAAAACUUGUUCUUCUGUUUGUACAGACAGUUAUGUAACUCAUUUUAAGAUCUGUUUGUAAAGGAGUCCGUGAAAUUAAUUUCCUAAGGAAAAUAAUGGAACAUAGCAAAGUUAUGACUUUCAAACUGAAAAAAAAAAAAAAAACAACAUGAUGCAUGUUGCAUUACUUCAGUCACAGUAACUAAUGUGCAUUUAUUAAGCACUGUUGUAUGUUACUUUGUACUUUUGUAAUAUGUUAUGACACAUACCCAUUAUUAUUGAUCAUUUUGAUCAAACCUUAAUUUGUCCCAUUAUGUGGACAUUGUGUCAGAACAGACACAUGUAUAUUCAGCAUUGAUCUGUUCUAGGAUCAGCAUGUGUUUAUCCUUUGGUCUUAAAGGUUUGAUUAUUUCCAUGAGUCUGUAAACGCUUUGACUUUACUUGGUAUCAACCUCCUUGAAUCACUGUGUGAUCAUCUUAACCUGAUCUGUUCUAAGAUCAGCAUGGUUCAUGUGUGCAUUUGUUAUAAAGUGCAGAUAAUUCCCAUAUUUCUGUAUGGCUGAAUGAUGAUUAUUGUCAGAGUUGAUGACUGUGUGUCUUUGUGAAGAAGACUGUUCCUCUACUCAGUUUGAGUUCUGUGUUUGUUGGACUGAUGUCCAAGUGGUUGUUGUGAUGUGUCAUCACUAUUAUCUUCUCCAGUGGGAGAUUCCAUUCACAUGAUAUUAAGUCAU